AUGGAUGGCAUCAACGGAAGUAACAAUUCUGCAAGAAUGCAAAUGAGCACCGAAGCUCAAAACCCAUCAAUGCAUUUGCAUUAUGGUCAUCAUCAAAGCCAUCACAAUGGAAUGCAAAUGAUAAGUAAUGGUAACGGGAUGAUCAUGAAUAAUGGAGAUAAUGAUCAUAAUGGCAUGGCGGUCGGUGGUGAUGAGGAUGAUGGUGGUGGGACCAUGAUGGUAGUGGCUGAUGAUCAUGGAAAUGAAAAUGGGGAUCAACUUACUCUUUCAUUUCAAGGUCAAGUUUAUGUCUUUGACUGUGUUUCACCUGAAAAGGUUCAAGCUGUGCUUUUGUUGUUGGGAGGCCGGGAAGUGCCUGCUGCUAGUACACGUGCUGUUCCAAUUACAGCACAUCAUAAUAAUAAUAGUAGUAGGGGGCUAUCUGGUACUCCACAAAGGUUUAGUGUUCCUCAAAGAUUAGCUUCUCUGAUUAGAUUUCGAGAAAAGCGAAAAGAACGGAACUUUGACAAGAAAAUUCGAUAUACCGUCCGUAAAGAGCUCGCUUAUGCUGUUGCCUCUGGGUAUUGUAGAAUGCAACGGAAUAAAGGCCAGUUCACCUCUUCAAAGUCCAAUCAUGAUGACUCUGCAUCAGCAGCAACUAGCUGGGGUUCAAAUGAGAGUGGGGCCUCCGAUAGCAAUGGAUCCCAACAUCAAGAGGCUGUUUGUCGGCACUGUGGGACCAGUGAGAAGUCUACACCGAUGAUGCGGCGUGGACCUGAAGGGCCAAGGACACUUUGUAACGCAUGUGGACUUAUGUGGGCAAAUAAGGGAACUUUGAGGGACCUCUCCAAGGCAGCUCCCCAGACUGGACACAGCUCUUCUUUAUUAAACAGGAAUGCCAUGAAUGUAAAUACCGAUGCCAACCAAAGAGAUCCUAGAGUCGAAUGGAAUGGAAAUGACUCCUCAUGA